UUUGUAGGGAUAUCUUCGGGAAGCUAAGUGCCACAUAGCUCUUGGUGAUAUAAGUGCUGCAAAUCGGUCAUUACUCAGGGUCCAAAAUCUUGAACCUCACAAUCCCUCCCUUUCUACAGAGAAGAAAAACCUUGAAGUGCUUCAACAUUUUAGUCAAGAAGGAGAUAAAGCAUAUGAAAAAAAAGAAUACAGACAAGUUGUCUACUGUAUGGACAGAGCUCUUCAGCAAGCUACUUCUUCAAAUAAGCUGAAACUUAUUAAAGCAGAGUGUUUAGCUUUUUUAGGAAGAUAUGAAGAAGCACAAAAUAUAGCAAAUGAUAUACUUCAUAUAGACUCCUUGAAUGUAGAUGCUCUUUAUGUUAGGGGAAUGUGUUUGUACUAUCAAGAUUUUAUUGAAAAAUCAUACAGUCAUUUACAACAAGUCCUUAAGCUUGCACCAGAUUACUCCAAGGCUCUGGAACUUUACAGGAGAGUUAAACUGCUAAUAACAAAAAAAGAUGAGGGAAAUGAAGCCUUCAAGAAUGGUCAUUUACAAGAGGCAUACGAGUUGUAUUCCUGUGCUUUGGAGAUUGAUCCCUCGAACGUUUACACUAAUGCAAAACUGUACUUCAACCGUGCCACUGUUUGUUCUAAGAUUUCAAAGCUAAAUCAGGCAAUUGAAGACUGUACACAAGCCAUUAAGUUGGAUGAAAAUUACAUAAAAGCAUAUUUACGUCGAGCAAAAUGGUAA